UUUGUUUUUAUUUCGAUUGCAGAUCAUUGUGGUUGUGUUUCUCAGAAAGCAAGUGAAAAAAUAUUGUGCGUUAGUUAGAUAAUUUUUUUGUUUCGCCGUGAAAAUGGCGGCGGUGUUGAAGAAAAGGGCGCUGGCGGAGUUCCAGCGCCAGGAAACCGCGGGUUCGUCGACGACGGACGUUGGGCCACCACCUGGCCCGAAGGCCCUGAAAAUGACCACAAAACGGUUCCUGUCGUCGGUGGCCGUCACUGCGCAAGACAGACUUUCUUUGAGCACAAAGCUGGCCAUCGGAGUGCGUAAGCCUGCGGAAUUGCUACGGAGUUGCGGGACAAAGGCCAGCAGCGGGGACGUGGUUCGGGCCAUGAUCGUCGUCGAGGAAGAACUGGAAAGCGUGCAGCCUGCUGAAGCUCCCGGAUUGCUGGAUAUGCUGAUGGUAGCGAUCGAAGCCCAGUCGGAUUCUCUCGUGAAGGUGGCAAUUUUCGCGUUGCUGCCGAGGCUGUGUUUGUCUGACAGAUGUGCCGGAUUUGCUCCUAUUGUCUGCGAGAAGAUAGUAGAAGUUUUAAAGUCCAAUUCGUCGGAAAAGAUUCAGGCGAGGGCGCUGUUGAAUUUACGAUUGAUUUGCGAAGAUCCACGUUCAUCAUUGGCCAGAACAGCGAGGCGAAGCUUUUUCAGUUUAGCGAAAGAGAUUGCAUCACGAGGAAAACACUUGGUGAAAUGCGAGUGUUUGGAGCUGCUGUCUAUUCUCUCUGUUGAAGACGGAGAACGAGGUUCUCUGAAGAUUGCCUUGGACCACAUUAUGGAUCAAGAUCCCAGGGUCCGGAUUGCUGCUUAUAAAGCCUUCUUGAAGCUUCGUGAUCGAAAAGCUGUGUUGCAUCCUACGAUGUAUGAUGUUCUGAAAACGGGGUUGACUGACAACUAUGAGGGCGUCCGAGAGAUGGCGUUGCAAGCUGUCGUUGCUCUUGGUCGCGAUUUUCCGGAUUUUCCGGUACUUCUUCAGAAUUCAAAUUCUGAAACAAACCGAUUGUCGGACGAAGUUUUUGGCCAGGUUUGCUCUGCGAUGUCUGAUUUAAGUCUGAAGGUCAGAACACUUUCGGCGGGUUUGUUGGGCACGAUCGACAAAGUUUCCCAAGUGUUCGUGGAUCAAACUCUGGACAAGAACUUGAUGUCAAAUAUGCGGAAGAAGCGGUCUGCUCACGAAAGAAACAGGGAAUACGUAGCUGGUGGUGGGCGUCCGAGUGGACGCCACUGGGGUGCCGAAGACACCCCGAGAGAGUUUGUAGAUGGACAAGCUGUGCGAUUGGUGGACCUUGGUGCCUGUGGCGCCUUUGUGCACGGUUUGGAGGACCAGUGCAUGGCUGUUCGUGCCAACAGCAUUGAGUCUAUCGCUUCGCUGGCAACUCGAAGUUGCGCCUCGUUUGCUAGAGCAGCGAUAGAUUUUCUCGUUGACAUGUUCAACGAUGAAAUCGAAGAUGUGAGACUGAAGGCCGUGCACAGCAUCACGCGGAUUGGAAAUUUGGUAGUCAUUCGUGAAGACCAAUUGGAUACGAUUCUCAGCGCUCUUGAGGAUUUCUCGCUGGAUAUUCGUGAAGCCCUGCACGAGAUGCUUUCUCAGUGUCGACUAUCAUCCAAAACUUGUUUGAAGAUGUGUGUGGAAGCUUUGCUUGAUAAUCUCGUGAGAUACCCACAGGACCGGAGGUCGUUGCGUCGGUGUUUCAAAAAUCUGGGAGCCAAUCACGCGAAUCUCGUCAACCUGUAUCUUUAUGAGCUGUUGCAAAUGCAUCCAUUCUUGGACACACCGGAAAGCAGUUUGAACGACAAUAAUUACGUUUGUGUGCUGAUCAUGAUUUUCAACGCUGCUGCCGAAUGUCCGAUGAUUUUCUCCAUGUUGGAGAACAAUGUGAUCAACCACUACCGGUUUCUCAGGGGUUCGCUGCCGCAUUUGAUCCCUGAAGUUCAGUUGGAGUUGGAAGCGAGUUUGAAGAUGCUGCCGUCGAGGUCGUGCUUAUCGUCGAGGUCCAGGGCUGAUGCCACUGCUGCGUCUGUGGCAUUUAUCAUCCAAGUUGUUUCUCCUGGUGGAAUGCUGGAACGUUGCGCCGGAGACCCGAAGCGACUGGAAACGGCUGUUCGAGACUUGCGCAAGGUGGAGGAAAUGGACUCUGGGCCAGCGCGUCCAUUAGCCGCCUUCUCGGCCACCUACGUGGAAUGUUGUCGAAACUUGUCCAAUGCCUGCCUGGCCUUGUCUGGCAACGGGUCACGAUUUUGCGACUCCCGAUUGCUUACGAGUCAGGCUGAGGCGGCGGUCAAGUUGUCGAGGACACUCGCGGCGGCAUUUUCGGGUUUCGGUGUGGAAGGCGGCGUUGCUGUGCGACGAGUUCGACUGCAGGCGGUCGGGCUGCAGCUGGUGGCUGCCUGGAAGGUUGCAUCAGGGGUGGACAGUGCUGACCGCGGGCUGCAAGACGCCCUUUUGGCCCUGGUUCAUGCCGAGUUCUUGGCUUGUCUGAAGCAACUGGAAACGUACUGCAGCACGAAUGAUAAACCACCCGAUGAUUUCCGCGCGGAACUCAAGCAGAAGCUGGCCUUGGUGGACCAGCACAGGGCUGAUGACGUGGCGAAAGCUUUCGCAGGUAUUUUGCCACGUCACGUGAAGCCCACCCUGGACGUGUCGGCUGACACGAAUGUAAGAAUGGCCAGGGCCACGAUUUACGAACCGUCUGGUGGCGCCGAAUCGGAUAAACCCAUGAGAUUCACUGCCACACUGAUUUUGGGGGUUCAUUUGGACUGCGAAAUGAACGACGUUGUGGAUUUGAACUGCGUCAGAAUCAAGGUCAAGUAUCCGGACCAAACUUUCCACCUGAUCGCUCCGCGAAAAUCCGACGUUCGAGCAGACGUGUCUUCAAUCGGAAGUUCGUCAACUUCCUCGUCAUCCAGCUCAACCUCAUCUUUGGCCUCUUCGUCCGAAACCAGAGUUCACAGGAUCCUGACCACGGUUCCGAUAUCCCACACUGCGUGGACAGAAGCUUGUCACGUGAAGCUCAGCAUUUGUUUGGACGUGUCCAAGUCUCUGGAAAUGUCCAAGCCCGUGUUGACUGGCAAGUCGGAGCACAUGUCCCCGUUGCAGGCCGCGUUGCAGCGAGAAUUGCUUCGACGAAGGGAAGCGCAGAUUGUCGACAUUAGCGACGAAGUAUUGGUCUAUGUGUCGCCGAAGCCGGUGCGAAGGAUGCUGACGUGA